CUUUUUGUUGUCAUUUUGCAAUCGAUGGCGGUAGAAUUUGCUUGUAAGGGACAAAAUGUUGCUACAAGUUGUUCAGCUAGUGAUCUUGAAGUACUUCUUGAUUUCAAGAAUGGCCUGAAUGAUCCUGAGAACCGGCUUUCGUCAUGGCAAGGAAGAGACUGUUGUAUGUGGAGAGGAAUAGGGUGCAGUAAUGCUACUGGUUCUGUUAUCAAAAUAGACCUUCACAAUCCAUUUCCUGUCGAUUCUGCUGAUGUUACCAGGUAUGGAUUUUGGAACUUGAGUGGGGAGAUUAGGCCUUCUUUGGUAAAAAUCCAAUCUUUAAGAUACUUGGAUUUGAGUCUAAACACAUUUGGUGGAAUACCAAUUCCAAGAUUUGUUAGUUCUUUGAAGAAUUUGGAAUAUCUGAAUCUUUCGAAAGCUGGUUUUUUCGGUACAUUACAUCCUGAUUUGGGAUACCUUACUAACUUGCAGUAUCUUGAUGUUUCUUCAGAGUUCUCAGCAUUGACUGUUGAAAGUUUUCAGUGGGUAACUGGUCUUGUUUCCUUAAAAUAUAUUGGGAUGAACCAAGUAGAGCUCUCUAUGGUAGGAUCGAGUUGGUUGGAAAUGCUAAACCAGCUUCCACAUUUAACAGAAUUGCAUCUUUCAUCUUGUGGCUUAUCUGGUUCCAUUUCAUAUCUUACUCCUGUCAACUUCACUUCUCUAGCUGUUAUUGAUCUUAGUUUCAAUAGUUUCAACUCAACGUUCCCGAGUUGGCUUGUAAAUAUCACCAGUCUUGAAUAUAUAGACUUGAGCAACUCUGGUUUUAGAGGCAGAAUUCCACUUGGCAUCAGUGAGAUUCCAAGGUUAAGAUACUUGAACCUUGCGCUAAACAAGAACCUUAGUGCCAAUUGCCUUGAGCUAUUUAGAGGAAGUUGGAAACAGAUAGAAGUUCUCGAUUUAGGUUCAAACAAACUACAUGGAAAGUUGCCUAGAUCCAUUGGGAAUAUGACUUAUCUGACUCAUUUCGAUCUCUUUUUAAACAACAUUGAAGGUGGAAUACCGGCAACUAUUGGAGGACUAUGCAGUUUAAUCAACUUUGAUUUAACAGGAAACAACUUGACAGGAAGUCUACCUGAAAACCUCGAAGGAAUGGAGAAAUGUGAUUCUAAGAGGCCUUUGCCUAAUUUGAUGUACUUAAAGCUGAGCAGCAACCGACUUGUUGGUAAAGUACCAGGAUGGUUGGGUCAGUUGAAAAGUCUUCAACAACUUGGAUUAGCUUCCAACUUUUUUGAAGGCCCUAUACCAGCUUCUUUCGGAAAGCUUCAAAACUUGACCAACUUGAGACUUUCAGGAAACCAGCUAAAUGGUACUCUAUCAGAGAGUUUUGGACAGCUUUCUGAAUUGUCUGUUCUUGAUCUUUCUUCUAAUUUCCUCACAGGUACUCUAUCCGAAGUUCAUUUUAAGAACCUGCGCAAAGUAAAGAUUCUUGACCUUUCAUCCAACUCCUUGACCUUGAAUGUUAAUCCCAACUGGAUUCCUCCGUUUCAGAUUCGAAAUCUUGACAUGGGGUCCUGCCAUUUAGGUCCUUCUUUUCCUACUUGGCUCAAGUCUCAGAAAGAGCUCAAGUUCCUAGACAUUUCAAAUGCGAGCAUUUCAGAUUCCAUUCCAGGAUGGUUUUGGGACAUUUCUUUUAAUUUAUCCCUGCUGAAUUGUUCUUUUAAUCAGUUAAGUGGUACUCUACCAGAUCCAUUACCAGUAUUCCCCUUUGCAGAUAUUGAUCUGAGUUCAAACCUAUUUAACGGAACCAUUCCAUUACCUAGUGUCUCAAUUGAAUUGCUUGAUCUUUCACACAAUAUGCUCCAAGGUCUCAUCCCUCAGAAUAUUUCCAAAGUCAUGCCAGACUUGAUAUUUCUGUCUCUUUCGAGUAAUGAAAUUUCGGGUGAAAUACCAGCUACUAUAGGAAAGAUGACCCUUGUUCAAGUCAUUGAUCUAUCAAACAAUAAGCUAACAGGAAGUAUCCCUUCAAGCAUAGGGGAAUGUUCUUACUUGAAAGCUUUAGACCUUGGGAACAAUUUUCUAUCUGGAUCAUUUCCGAGUUCUUUGGGCCAAUUGAUUCAACUUCAGUCAUUGCACUUAAAUGACAACAAAUUCUCUGGAGGGGUCCCCAUUUCUUUGAAAAAUUUAUCUAGUUUGGAGACACUUGAUCUAGGCAACAACAGACUAUCCGGAAAGUUCCCCUCGUGGAUAUCUGAUGGUUUUCAAAAUCUUAGAAUCCUCAGCUUAAGGUCAAAUUCAUUUUCCGGAGAACUUCCUUUAGGAAUGUCAAAACUGAGUUCAUUGCAGGUCCUUGAUCUUGCAGAAAACAACAUAACUGGCGCCAUUCCAACAAGCAUAGGAGACCUGAACGCCAUGGUACAAGAGGAAAAAGUGAAUGAAUAUCUGUUAUAUGGGAAGUAUAGAGGGAUUUACUAUGAAGAAAGCUUGGUAGUGAAUUUGAAAAAUCAGUUCCAAAAGUACACCAAGACCCUAUCACUUCUUACCUCAAUAGACUUGUCGAGAAACAACCUCAACGGAGCAUUUCCUGUGGAAUUGACAAACUUGCAUGGCCUCAUAGUUUUGAACUUGUCCGGAAACCAAAUCAGUGGAAAAAUACCAGAAAACAUUUCAAGCUUACAUCAGUUAGCAUCGCUUGAUCUCUCGAGUAAUACACUGUCUGGUGUCAUCCCAUCAAGCAUGGAAUCAAUGUCAUUCUUGAGCUAUAUUAACUUCUCAAACAAUAACUUAUCCGGCAUGGUUCCUUAUAAGGGACAGAUGACAACUUUUACAGUGUCCGCGUUUGAGGGGAAUCCCCAUCUUUGUGGAGCUCCACUUGUAGUACUAUGUCAAAAUGGAAACUCGGACAAUAGAACGGUACUAGAGAAUGACAGCAGUGAUGAAUUUCCUGAUAAAUGGUUUUAUGUUAGUGUUGCAUUGGGAUUCAUUACAGGUAUUCUUGUUCCUUACUAUAUCUUGCUCGUUCGAAAGCCAUGGAGACGAGCAUAUUUCAGUUUCUUAGACACAGUCAUCGACAGAUUUGUCCCAGUCAGAAGCAACAGAACAACCAGCACCAAAAGAUCAGAUACGGGCACCAGAUAUGGCAAAAGAAGUGUUCAAUAGGUACUAGUCCUAGUUGAGGUGUCUAAGUGAAUUAUGCGGACAACUUUAAUAGGCCGCAGAUGACUUAAGCCUAUUAAGUUCCAUUCAUUGUUUAUA